AUGUUUCUGGUGUGGUUUCAUCGCUUAGGGGCAGGCCGCGGAGAUUUUCUAUCGGAUGGCGAGACAGAUCGGCUUCUGGACGGGCUCUUCUCCGGCUCGCGUGGAGCUUUCUCGACCGUUGAUGGGUCUCUCUCCCCAGUAGGGUCCUUCCUGUUUCGGCGAGGGCUCCUUUCGAGAGUGUUUUCUUCAGGGUUUGACAUCGGUUGUCUUCUUAGAAUUCGGAGACAUCUUCAAGCUUUAAAUGGCAGUCUCAGUCCCGACAAAAACAUCAAGGUUAUCAUGAGAUUACUCUUUCAGGCAACCAUUUACUUCGACUGGGCUGAGCGUAAUGCCCGUCUUCACUCUUCAGCUUCUCGGCCAGCUGUUAGUAGGAGGGAAGAAAUCCAGCGGGUCAUUAGAAGGAAACUAGACCCAUUGUCUAGAGCUCCACGUAACAUUCCCUAA